CAGCAGCAGCAGCAGCAGCAGCAGCAGCAGAGUGGUGGGGAAUAUACGUGGGGGAAGAGGAGGCUUGUUGCAGGGAUCCUUAAGCAGAGCGGGGAUGAAGGGACAGUUGAUGCCAUUCCCCGAAGAGGAUGAUUUUCCAUCAAGGGAAUUCGACAGCGACGAUAACGAUAACUACUCCACAACCAAAACAAGAAGAAACAGCAAAAGAAUAAUGUCAUUAGAGGAGAAGGAUGAUGAGGAGAGGGAGAGAAGACUAGCUGCUCGUAUGGCCUGGAGAAGAGGAGAAGACUUAGUUUCCCCACUCGAUGGGGAUGUGAAAGAACCAUGCGGGUCUGGUAGCGUCAGAAGCCGUGCCAGCCCCAUGCCUUGCCGCAGCCCCGCGGGGGACUUGGGUGGACUUAAUGUGACCUCCCGCAGCAAGCGCAGUGGACUUGCAGGCCGGAGGUCGGCUUACCACGGUGGUCGUGGCGGCGGGGGGCGGCCGCCCCGACGCGAGAACAACAGGACGCGAGAGAAGCGCCUGCUCGACGAGAUCCUCGGCAUCAACGGCUAUGACAGGAAGAUUAGGCCCUCUAGCGCCAACCGAACAGAUCAACACGCUGACUACACUAGAGUUGUCAUCAACAUCAUGAUACGAGCCAUCACCAAGAUAGACGACUACAACAUGGAGUUCGGGAUUCAAAUGACAUUCCGCGAACAGUGGAACGACGACAGAUUGCAGUACAGCGACGAUGGUGGCAAAAUAAAGUACCUCACGUUGACUGAGACCGACAAGAUUUGGAUGCCGGAUUUGUUCUUCAAGAACGAAAAAACUGGGCAUUUCCACGAGAUCCUCCUGCCUAACACCUACAUCAGGAUUUUCCCCAACGGCGACGUGCUCUACAGUAUCAGAAUUUCCCUGACGCUGUCGUGCCCCAUGAACCUCGAGCUCUACCCCCUGGACACGCAGACGUGCGAGCUGCUCAUGGCUUCAUACGGGUGGACAACUGAGGACCUGGUGUUUAAAUGGAAGAAGGAUGACCCGGUACAGGUGACUGUACUCCACUUGCCCAGGUUUACCUUGGAAGCUCACAAGCCUGGCAGCUGCGACAGUAAAACUAACACAGGCUCAUACUCUUGCUUGCGCGUCGACCUGAUCUUCAAGCGGGAGUUCUCGUACUACCUCAUCCAGUACUACAUCCCGUGCUGCAUGCUGGUCAUGGUGUCCUGGGUCAGCUUCUGGCUCGACCAACACGCUGUCCCUGCCAGGGUGUCGCUCGGGGUCACCACCCUGCUCACCAUGAGCACUCAGAACGCAGGCAUCAACCAAUCCCUGCCACCCGUCUCGUAUACCAAGGCUAUCGAUGUGUGGACGGGAGCUUGUCUAACAUUUGUGUUCGGAGCUCUGCUGGAGUUCGCUCUUGUCAACUACGCAUCUCGGUCGGACUUCCAGAGAGACCAACAACUGAUGCGGCAACGCUGGGAAACGGACUCGCAGCUCACUCUCUUUGACAUGCAGAUGCAGCAGCAGCAACUUCAGCAGCAACGGGCGCGUUACAUGGCUGGCUGUACUGGCAACGGCGACGCGCGUUAUGCCGCUGCCUUCCACACCGUAGCUGCGUACCCCCAAGCAAUCCCACCAUUCCCCGGCAACCCAGGCUUCUCCCCUGGGGACACGACCCUGUUCCCCACGCUGGUCCCCCCACUGAUCAACGGCCCAGGGUCUACUCUUCCCCCUGACGCCAUUUCCAGCAACGGAGGAUCCCUAAACAGAGGAUCUUUCUCCCGCCGAUCACAACUAGACCCUGUAGCAUUCCUCGCAGGAGGAUGCGGGAUGAGUGCUUGCAUGGCUCGCUUUUGCAACAGGAGCAAAAGAAUCGACGUCAUAGCGAGGAUAACUUUUCCUGUUGCCUUCACUGUCUUUAAUAUUGCCUACUGGACGUGUUAUCUCAAAGAGGCGCAGUUAUAAUCUAAUAUAAUUAGAAAUGUGGCAAAGAUUUUUAAUUAGAAAUCAUGCUCGCGAAAUAAUGUCACUCCUCAGUCUCAUUUCAGUUUGAGAUAGAAUGUUGUAUUAUUGAAUAGAAAGAACCCUUCACUACUUUAUCCCCUAAUUGUUGGUAAGCGAAAGAUGCUGCUGGUUUAUUGUGCAAUAAAGUCGUAUUGCUGAAACGAACGUUCGUUAUCAAAUUAUAUGUCGUAGUGAAGAAUUGUUACCGUACUGAAGUUUCGUUAUAGUUUAAUGGAGACUUGAUUCAUCGCAAAGAUUUUUAACCCUAUUCACGGAACUGCAUCUCCCAUGAGCCGUAUUUUCCAUAUGAUCCAUGUGCUCGUUCGUUACUCGUGUUUGUUUUAUUUCUUCGUAAUGAACUUUGAUGUGCCAAACAAAGCCUCCACGUAUCCAACCUGAUGACGAAAUUCGUCUUGUUAUAAUAUUUAUCUCAUGGUUGCUCACACAUCAUGAAUUAUCUAAUGGUAGCUCAUACAUCGUACAUUAUCUUCUGGUUGCUCAUGCAUCAUGAAUUUGACUGAUGGUAUCUCAUUCAUCAUGAUGUAUUUCCUGACUUUGAAUUUAUGUGCAUAAGCACAUAAAUGCCCGUACUGAUAUUCGUAUAAUGACUUAGAAUAUACUGAUAAAUUAACUAAGAAUGUAAAAGCUGGGAAGCUCAGGACGGAAAAGUAUGUCCAUAAGGCCGAGAAAAAAUUUCUCCUAUGAUAUAGUUUUGACUGAGCUUCUCCGACAAAAUAUCAAGGUUAUGUCGAAUUUUGUGCUGUU